AUGGUCACCCGGUGGCUCCGUUUCAUAUGUGCUGUUCGCCUUGGUGCUGCUAGCAAUGUGCACCGAGUUCACCUAGACAUAAGUCCAGCAGGACACGUCCUGCCUGCGAAGUCCAGAUUGCUUAGAAAGGAUCAAGGGUCUGCAGGACAUUCAGCAGGAUACCUAGGCCUGGGCCCUGAUGCCCUUGUUGACUUGGCACCUGCUUUUUCACCUCCAGCUUUGGGAGAGCCCCCAGACAGCAGACCAGUCAAAGAGAGAGUUCAGGUGGCUCUGGGAACAGCCCCAGCGGCACAGACCAGCAAGCAGAAAGCUAGAAACACACAAGCGGCUACAAGCUCAAAGCAAUCUGAGAGCACGCAGCAAAGUGCGAGUGCAAAGCAGAGUGCAAACACACAACAAAGUGGAAGCACACAGCAGACUGGAAGCACACAGCAGGCUGGAGGCGAACAGCAGACUGGAAGCGCACAGCAGAAUGUGUCCAAUCUGCCGGCGUUGGGUAGCUUUGACAAUGGUGUGAAUGAGUCCACAGCUGAUGAAGCCACCACUGAACCUGAAGCUGCAAGCACAACCGACGAGGGAGAUGGUGAGGCUGCUACCACACAAGAAGCAGCUGGCACCACAGAAGAGGCUGCGAGCGGUGAGGACGAUGCGGAAAACGAGCAAGUUGAAGCUGAAAGCACAACAGGCCCAGGCUCCGCCGAGUCAAAACCAAACUCCGAAAAGUCGGAUGCAGAUGCCGACAGUCAAGGUCGAUCGACAACUUCAGAGAAAGAAGGAGACAGAGGAGAAGAAGACGAAAAAGAAGAAGAUGAUGAUGAUGAUGACCAGGAAGAUAAAGGUGCUAAUGUCAUGACGACCAAGGAAGCGAACGAAGAUGAUGCGAAGACAUCCUCUGAACCAGCAGUGAAAAGGACUGACACAUCUGACUCAGAGGCAGAAUCGACUUCGACUGCCCCCAGUGUCGAACCUGAGUCGACUUCGACUUCCCCUAGUGCCGAACCUGAGUCGACUUCGACUUCCCCUAGUGCCGAACCUGAGUCAACGACAAAGACUGAGGCAGGAGAGGCGGAGGAGGUUGAAACGAGCACCAACUUGGCGGAAGAGGAGACAUCCACGCAGCAAUUCUCCAGCACUACCACCUCCCCUGAAUCAGAAACAACUACACAGCCGGCAAACUCGACUAGCACAACCAACACUGCAACCAACAGCAGCACAACAGCAGCUGCCAACACAACGAAGGCUGCUGACACAACUACCACCUCUGGCAGAGCUGGUGCCACCUCUACUACUAAGAAUCCGAAGACCAGUACUACCAAGGCAACAACCUCUGCAAGUACUUCAUCCAGCACCAACUCUGGCACCUCCACAUCGGCAACCACAACUGGCGUGGCUCAGGGAAAAAGUUUCACAACGACAACCACCUCCACGACCACGUCAGUGACCACGUCUACCAGCACCACUGUGAAGACUACUACCACAAGUACUUCAACCGUCACUGCGCCAGCCACAACGACAGAUCGUGUGCUUCAACAAUGUGAAGGCCCCUUCCUUGCGUGUGAUCCGUCAGUGGCAGACCCUUGCAAGUCCCAAACGCCAUGUACGGGCUACCAGAUGUGCCAGGAAGGCGUCUUCAAACCAUGCGUCGACUACACAGCUGGAGAGCAAAGUGGCUGUGAGCUCUCCCAGGACGUGUGUGAUGGGACCAAAUUGCACCCACUCUCUUUUGUACAAUUGACUCUCGAGUCUGCAGCGGUAACUUGA